CGCCUUCCGGCCUCUUAGGCUAGGCCAGAAAGGAGGUGGAACUCGGUAAUCUGACUGGCGGUUUCCCGGCCGGACUGAGAAGAGGAGCGCGCUGCGCGUCGCGGGAGUAAUCUCCUUGGUUUCCUGCUCUCGCGACAUGGCCUUCAAUUUUGGGGCUCCCUCGGGCACCUCCGGUACCGCUGCAGCCACCGCGGCCCCCGCGGGUGGGUUUGGAGGAUUUGGGACAACAUCUACAACUGCAGGUUCUGCUUUCAGCUUUUCUGCCCCCACUAACACAGGCACUACUGGACUCUUCGGUGGUACUCAGAACAAAGGUUUUGGAUUUGGUACUGGUUUUGGCACAACAACGGGAACUAGUACUGGUUUAGGUACCGGUUUGGGAACUGGACUGGGAUUUGGAGGAUUUAAUACACAACAGCAGCAGCAGCAAACUACAUUAGGUGGUCUCUUCAGUCAGCCUACACAAGCUCCUACACAGUCCAACCAGCUGAUAAAUACUGCGAGUGCUCUUUCUGCUCCAACACUAUUGGGAGAUGAGAGAGAUGCUAUUUUGGCAAAAUGGAAUCAACUGCAGGCCUUUUGGGGAACAGGAAAAGGGUAUUUCAACAAUAAUAUUCCGCCAGUGGAAUUCACACAAGAAAAUCCCUUUUGUCGAUUUAAGGCAGUAGGUUAUAGUUGCAUGCCCAGUAAUAAAGAUGAAGAUGGGCUAGUGGUUUUAGUUUUCAACAAAAAAGAAACAGAGAUUCGAAGCCAACAACAACAGUUGGUGGAAUCAUUGCAUAAAGUUCUGGGAGGAAACCAGACCCUUACUGUAAAUGUAGAGGGCACUAAAACAUUGCCAGAUGAUCAGACAGAAGUUGUUAUUUAUGUUGUUGAGCGUUCACCAAAUGGUACUUCAAGAAGAGUUCCAGCUACAACGCUAUAUGCCCAUUUUGAACAAGCCAAUAUAAAAACACAAUUGCAGCAACUUGGUGUAACCCUUUCUAUGACUAGAACAGAACUUUCUCCUGCACAGAUCAAACAGCUUUUACAGAAUCCUCCUGCUGGUGUUGAUCCUAUUAUCUGGGAACAGGCCAAGGUAGAUAACCCUGAUUCUGAAAAGUUAAUUCCUGUACCAAUGGUGGGUUUUAAGGAACUUCUCCGAAGACUGAAGGUUCAAGAUCAGAUGACUAAGCAACAUCAAACCAGAUUAGAUAUCAUAUCUGAAGAUAUUAGUGAGCUACAAAAGAAUCAAACUACAUCUGUAGCCAAAAUUGCGCAAUACAAGAGGAAACUCAUGGAUCUUUCCCAUAGAACUUUACAGGUCCUAAUCAAACAGGAAAUUCAAAGGAAGAGUGGUUAUGCCAUUCAGGCUGAUGAAGAGCAGUUGCGAGUUCAGCUGGAUACAAUUCAGGGUGAACUAAAUGCACCUACUCAGUUCAAGGGUCGACUAAAUGAAUUGAUGUCUCAAAUCAGGAUGCAGAAUCAUUUUGGAGCAGUCAGAUCUGAAGAAAGGUAUUACAUAGAUGCAGAUCUGUUACGAGAAAUCAAGCAGCAUUUGAAACAACAACAGGAAGGCCUUAGCCAUUUGAUUAGCAUCAUUAAAGAUGAUCUAGAAGAUAUAAAGCUGGUCGAACAUGGAUUGAAUGAAACCAUCCACAUCAGAGGUGGUGUCUUUAGUUGACAGUUCACAAACUUGUGUAAAGGUUUGUGAAAUUCAUCUUCUUACUGCAUCAGCCCUUCCUUAAGAAUGAAACCGACCACGUGGAGGGAAAAAGAAAACAAUUCUCUCUUGGCUUGGUUUUUUGAGAAGUUUACUGACAAAUUACUGUCCAUCAAAUCUGAAAUACAGUCACCUCACAGCUCUUCAAAGAAAACCUUUGAAAGAUUUAUAUCUAAAAGCUGUAUUUACUUUAAAAGAAGUGCAUAAUUACCAAAAUUGUAUGUACUAUUGUACAUUUUUACAACAGCAUUUUCUUAAACAUAAUCUGUUUAAUGAUUAUUGUCCACUGAGCCUGUACUCUGCUUUCCAUACCAAGUAAAUAUGAAAUAAUCUUUGCACAUAACAGAAGAAGCUAUAAUUACUUGGCUGUUGGAGAUUUGUACUUCAGAGUAUAAAUGUACACCAGUUUUUAUAUUUGUGAACUCAUCUGUGGGAGGAGUAAAGAAAAUCCAAAAGCAUUUAAUGUUUUUUUUUUUGUUCUAUAAAGAUUUGAAAAUGUAUUUUUAUAUUAUUUUACUUAUUUGGAAUUUACAGAGCACACCUAAGCAAUUAGGAUAUAACAAAAUUAACCAUUUUUGCAACCAUUUUGUUUUUUAAGCCUUUUUAUUUCUAAAAAGAUGAAAACUUAUAAAUAAAUUCUUAAUUUAUAAUU